CGGAAAGAUGGGCCACACGGUUGAUGUAUGUUACCGAAAGCACGGAUACCCGCCGGGAUAUAAACCCUACAAUGGAAGAACCACAGUUAACAACGUGGUAACGAUGAGUGACAAGUUUCAGGAAGAUCAAAUCCAGCAUCAUGAAGCCCAAGAUUUUGUUCGAUUCUCACCUGAGCAACAUAAGGCUCUGCUCGCUUUAAUCCAACGGCCGUCGACGGGAAGCACGGCGCCGGAACAAACCAAACAGGUUGCAUCCAUAUCAUCUUGUACCACUGACAAACCUUCUACCCCAGGACACGAACAAACGUACGAAGAUUGGUAUAGUUGAGGAGAGACAUGGCUUAUAUCAUCUCAUUCCAGACCAACACAAUAAAAUUGUUUGCUCGACCAUUGUCCACCCUAAGUGCAAUGUUAUACCUAUUGAUCUCUGGCAUUUUCGAAUGGGCCAUCUAUCAACGGAAAGGCUUCAAUGUAUGAAACCCCAUUAUCCUAUUCUGAAUCAUGAUAAAAAUUUUGUGUGUAAUACGUGCCAUUAUGCGAAACAUAAAAAGCUUUCCUUUUCCUCAAGCACUUCACACGCAUUGCACAAUUUUGA